GACAAAGCUUCUGACAAUUUGGCGGUGGUUCUGUAGUCCAAAGAAUCCAGAGAGAAUUAAAGUCUAGACUCAGUCAUUUUUCAGGCUUGGGGAAUAAAUAACAGAUCAGAUAUAUCUAUUGUGGUUCAGAGGUAAUGCUGAAUUAAGGAAGCUCUUACUAGUUUAUGUAUUGGGAAGAAGCCUGUAAUAACAGCAGCAUAGGAGCAGCAACGGCAGCACCAAGAAACCGGAAAAGGGGUAUUUUAAUAGCUAUAGAUAAAAGGUUCUUCUGUUUGAUUCUUUUCUAAGUUAAAGAGCAGUUAAUGUAAACAGAAAUCCACAAAAGAAAAAAUCCAGUAUAGAUGUAUUUCAGUAAUAUAGUAAGCACAGAGACAUUCAGUAAUUUUAUAUACAGCUGAAAAAGAAGGGAUUGAUUUAUUAAAAGAAAAAAAAUAGCUGCAAGGGUACAUUUAACAAAAUUGCUUGGCUGAAUGAUUUCUGUACCUGUUCUCCUUUCCUGGGGCUGGAGAGUAAGGAGGCAUGGACAAUGUCUCAGAGGAAAUGACAAGAAAGACUGAAGCUUGGUGAGACCAUAUACUGAGUGUUUUCUGCUGUCCUCUUCAUGCAGUGCUGUGGGUUGGCACACCGGCGGCGAGUACGGGUUUCGUAUGGUUCGGCAGACUCCUACACUAGCCGUCCAUCUGAUUCAGAUGUAUCUCUUGAGGAAGACAGAGAGGCAGUGCGAAGAGAGGCAGAGCGACAGGCCCAGACACAGCUGGAAAAAGCAAAGACAAAACCCGUGGCAUUUGCAGUCCGAACAAAUGUUAGCUACAGUGCAGCCCAUGAUGACGACGUACCAGUCCCAGGCAUGGCCAUCUCAUUUGAAGCUAAAGAUUUCCUACAUGUUAAAGAAAAAUUUAACAAUGACUGGUGGAUAGGACGGUUGGUGAAAGAAGGCUGUGAAAUAGGUUUCAUACCAAGUCCAGUCAAAUUAGAAAACAUGAGGCUGCAGCAUGAACAAAAGGCUAAGCAAGGAAAAUUUUACUCCAGUAAAUCAGGAGGAAAUUCAUCAUCUAGCUUGGGUGACGUAGUACCUAGUUCCAGAAAGUCGACACCUCCGUCAUCUGCUAUAGACAUAGAUGCCAGUGGCUUAGAUGCAGAAGAAAUUGAUAUUCCAGCAAACCAUCGUUCCCCCAAACCCAGUGCAAACAGUGUAACAUCACCCCACUCCAAAGAGAAAAGAAUGCCCUUCUUUAAGAAGACAGAGCACAUCCCUCCGUAUGAUGUAGUGCCUUCGAUGCGGCCAGUAGUUUUAGUGGGGCCUUCCUUAAAGGGAUAUGAGGUGACAGAUAUGAUGCAGAAAGCAUUAUUUGAUUUUUUAAAACACAGAUUUGAAGGGCGUAUAUCAAUCACACGGGUCACAGCUGACAUCUCGCUUGCCAAACGCUCAGUAUUAAACAAUCCCAGCAAGCACGCGAUAAUAGAAAGAUCUAAUACAAGAUCAAGUUUAGCUGAAGUUCAGAGUGAAAUUGAACGAAUAUUUGAAUUAGCAAGGACUUUGCAGCUGGUAGUACUUGAUGCUGACACUAUUAAUCAUCCAGCCCAACUUAGUAAAACUUCUUUGGCUCCAAUUAUAGUAUAUGUAAAGAUUUCUUCUCCAAAGGUUUUACAGAGGUUAAUAAAAUCACGAGGCAAAUCUCAGGCUAAACACCUAAACGUUCAAAUGGUAGCAGCUGAUAAACUGGCUCAGUGCCCUCCAGAAAUGUUUGACGUAAUUCUGGAUGAGAACCAGCUUGAAGAUGCUUGUGAACACCUAGCUGACUAUUUGGAAGCAUAUUGGAAGGCCACACAUCCUCCCAGCAGUCAUUCCCCCAAUCAGCUCCUAACUCGCACCUUGGCAACUUCCACUCUUCCUGUCAACCCAGGCCCAGAUGCUAGCUUACAGGGCUCUCCAGAAGAUCAGAUGAAUGAACAACCAGCCCUUGAACGAACUGGUUCCCAAGAGGAAGAAGAAACACGGGCUGAGCCCUCCAGGAGAUCUCUACACCGUUCUUCCACUUCAGGUCAUCACCAUAACCAUCGUAGUGGCAUUAGUCGUGGCCUGUCUAGACAAGAAACUUUUGACUCAGAAACACAAGAUAGCAGAGAUUCAGCAUAUGUAGAGCCAAAGGAGGACUACUCACAUGAACGCUAUGAUUCUCAUAGAGAUCACAGUCAUAGGGACGAAUCUCAUGGGAGCGGUGAUCACAGACAUCGAGAAUCAAGGCAUCGCUCAAAGGAAAGGGACCGAGAGCAGGAUCACAAUGAAGGCAACAAGCAGCGUAGCCGUCAUAAAUCAAGGGACCAGUAUUGCGACAGGGAUGGGGAAGUGAUAUCUAAAAAACGCAAUGAUGCCGCAGAAUGGAAGAGGGAUGUGUACAUCCACCAAUAACAUUUGCCUCUGGCGGUCUUGUGUUUCCUUGAAGUUGUGUAUGACAAAAGCCCCUUUAAAAAAAAAAUCUGGGUUUUUCAUUGCAAAUCACGUGGUAUCCUGUAUGCUGAUUUAUAUAGCUGUUGCUUCCACAGCAAUAGCAUGAAAUAUUCAUUCAGAAUAGUGCUGUAACACUUUGGCAUAGUACAACUGCAAAGUUCCUAAUGUUGUACUGUGCAUUUUUUUUCCAAAGCUGUUUUUGGUAGCUGCCACUUGAACAAUAUCUGUUGCCAUCAAGAUGUUGUUAGUGUUUUCAGACAAAAUACAAUUGAUGUUUAUAAACUUCCCAUGUUUUUUCAGCCAACCAAAAUCAGCACGUCCAAAACUGAAGCUCUUGUCUAUUCUGAAUUUUUAAAUUAUAGGCACUUAAUUUGCUUAUUGAUUUAAGAGCCACUUUCUGUUGCUUGUACCUCUAGUGGAUUACAUUUGGGGACAGAAUUCAGUCUUGCCUUACACACAGGGGAUCAUGAAGUCAAAAUCUCUUUUCUAUGUACUGGUACUGUGUACUGUAUAGAGUUUAUAAAUGUUAUUUCUGCAAACACCUUCUUUCAUAAGAUUGACCACACUGAUUUAGAGUCCUAAAUGCCAAGUCAGCAGAUUUGCUUUUGAAUUACUGGCAACUGGAACCAGCCUCAUUCAGGAAAUGUGUUAAUGGGGUUCACUCUAGGCACUGCUGUAGCAGAAAGCUUGUACCUUAGUCUAAGUAUGAAUGACUGCUUUAGAUAAAGGAUGGAUUGUCCUUGCCAUUUUUGCAUUUUCAAUCUAUGAAACAAUAAAUGGUUCUGUGCUGCACUUUAUACACUAACCAUAGUGGGCACACAGAUAUCUUUUCUUUGUCAACUUGCUAAAUCACAUUUGAAAUGGAAUGUAGAAGUGUGCCUAUGUAAAAUUACAACAGGAGUGACUGCUGAGUGUACACAAGACAGUCUGAGGGCCAAACCCCUUAUUAUGAAUUGAAGCUCAUUGUACAUUUAGGUACUCAGGCAAUAUGAUCUAUGCACAUGGGGAUGGCAAUAUUCAAGGAAAGCACUCAUGGAAGAUCACAGGGUUACUUACCUCCAUGUCAUUCUCAUAGAAGUAAUUUGCACAAUCUUCCAAGGAUGCCCCCAUCAAGUGUUGCACAACUCAUGUGCGGCAAUUCAUUUGAGUACCUUAAUGUACAAAUUAGCAGUAAUUCAUAAACACAUUGAUCAGAACUGAGAACAAAAAAAUUGUCUUUCUUCUGUCUUUAACUCUAAAGUCUAAGCUUCAGGCAAGCAACACGAGGAAGUUUGCAGCUAUAGGUAAUUUGGAAAGUGUUAAUCUGCUGGCUCUUCAUUGAGGAUGCAGGGAAGUUAAAAACACAGGCAAAUGUGACUGUGAGUGUUUCACUGGAAAUGUAAAAUCUUUUUGUGUUUUAGAGUAUUUGUUUUAGUAAGAAAAGUUUACACCGCUUGUGGAGAGUUAUUUUGUUGGAAAAUAAAUUUUUGUAGCUUC